CCGCUUCUCCCCGUCGCUAAUGCGCAGGCGCUGGCGGGAUAGCGCGCCGCCGAGCCAAGAAAGGGGUCACGAACUCUGACCCUCCCAAAUACCCAAACACAGAAAGCUCCCUCCGCCGUGAAUCUCGAUCCCCCCUCCCGUGGGCUUCCUUCAACCUCUCUUUCCGGAGCGCCCCCCAAUCCAGCAGUGGCAACCGCGGGACUGUCGCGUCGGGGCCCGACGCCGGAGUCAGGGGGGCGCAAAGGCGCCGGACAUCUUGGCAGUUAGAUCAUGGCAACCAUAGAAGAAAUUGCACAUCAAAUUAUUGAACAACAGAUGGGAGAGAUUGUUACAGAGCAGCAAACUGGGCAGAAGAUCCAGAUUGUGACAGCACUUGAUCAUAAUACCCAAGGCAAGCAGUUCAUUCUGACAAAUCAUGAUGGCUCUACUCCAAGCAAAGUCAUUCUGGCCAGGCAAGAUUCCACUCCAGGAAAAGUUUUCCUUACAACUCCAGAUGCAGCAGGUGUCAACCAGUUAUUUUUUACCACUCCUGAUCUGUCUGCACAACACCUGCAGCUCCUAACAGAUAAUUCUUCUCCAGACCAGGGACCAAAUAAGGUUUUUGAUCUUUGCGUAGUGUGUGGAGACAAAGCAUCAGGACGUCAUUAUGGAGCAGUAACUUGUGAAGGCUGCAAAGGAUUUUUUAAAAGAAGCAUACGAAAAAAUUUAGUAUAUUCAUGUCGAGGAUCAAAGGAUUGUAUUAUUAAUAAGCACCACCGAAACCGCUGUCAAUACUGCAGGUUACAGAGAUGUAUUGCGUUUGGAAUGAAGCAAGACUCUGUCCAAUGUGAAAGAAAACCCAUUGAAGUAUCACGAGAAAAAUCUUCCAACUGUGCCGCUUCAACAGAAAAAAUCUAUAUCCGAAAGGACCUUCGUAGCCCAUUAACUGCAACUCCAACUUUUGUAACAGAUAGUGAAACUACAAGGUCAACAGGACUUUUAGAUUCAGGAAUGUUCGUGAAUAUUCAUCCAUCUGGAGUAAAAACUGAGUCAAAUGUGCUGAUGACAUCAGAUAAGGCUGAAUCAUGUCAGGGAGAUUUAAGUACAUUGGCCAGUGUGGUUACAUCAUUAGCGAAUCUUGGAAAAACUAAAGAUCUUUCUCAAAAUAGUAAUGAAAUGUCUAUGAUUGAAAGCUUAAGCAAUGAUGAUACCUCUUUGUGUGAAUUUCAAGAAAUGCAGACCAACGGUGAUGUUUCAAGGGCAUUUGACACUCUUGCAAAAGCAUUGAAUCCAGGAGAGAGCACAGCCUGCCAGAGCUCAGUAGCAGGCAUGGAAGGAAGUGUACACCUAAUCACUGGAGAAUCAAGCAUAAAUUACACCGAAAAAGAGGGACCACUUCUCAGCGAUUCACAUGUAGCUUUCAGGCUCACCAUGCCUUCUCCUAUGCCUGAGUACCUGAAUGUGCACUACAUUGGGGAGUCUGCCUCCAGACUGCUGUUCUUAUCAAUGCACUGGGCACUUUCGAUUCCUUCUUUCCAGGCGCUAGGGCAAGAAAACAGCAUAUCACUGGUGAAAGCUUACUGGAAUGAACUUUUUACUCUUGGUCUUGCCCAGUGCUGGCAAGUGAUGAAUGUAGCAACUAUAUUAGCAACAUUUGUCAAUUGUCUUCACAAUAGUCUUCAACAAGAUAAAAUGUCAACAGAAAGAAGAAAAUUAUUGAUGGAGCACAUCUUCAAACUACAGGAGUUUUGCAACAGCAUGGUUAAACUCUGCAUUGAUGGAUAUGAAUAUGCCUACCUGAAGGCAAUAGUACUCUUCAGUCCAGAUCAUCCAGGCCUAGAAAACAUGGAACAGAUAGAGAAAUUUCAGGAAAAGGCUUAUGUGGAAUUCCAAGAUUAUAUAACCAAAACAUAUCCAGAUGACACCUACAGGUUAUCCAGAUUGCUACUCAGAUUGCCAGCUUUAAGACUGAUGAAUGCUACCAUCACUGAAGAAUUGUUUUUCAAAGGUCUCAUUGGCAACAUACGAAUUGACAGUGUCAUCCCACAUAUUUUGAAAAUGGAGCCUGCAGAUUAUAAUUCUCAAAUAAUUGGUCACAGCAUUUGAAAGCUGCAACUGCAGUGCUGUAAACUUAAUUGUUCUUUGCCAGAACACAAGACACCAAAUUGAGCUCAUUGCUUUUGGGGCAUCUGGAAAUUUUUACUUCAAAAAGUAACCAGAAUCCAGGGUAUUUUUAUUUUAGCUUCCUUAAGAAUUUUUGAAGUGACUGGGCCAACAGCAGAAAUUAAAUGAAUUUUUCUUCCUGAUUCCUUUAAAUGAACAUGAAACACUACAAAUUUAUUCUUGGUGAAGAUGAUACCUGAAGCUGUCACCUCUUGAUUAUCUAAACUAAGCUCUCAUUCUAUUUUAUAAAACAAAUAAAUUAGUCUCUUUUUUCUGAAUUGUGUUCUAGUCAUAUUUAACUUCAUUAAGAACUAGGAAAAAUACUUAAUGGUCAGAAAUCCCUAAGGAGGAGUUAGUUCCUUGCAUUUUACUCUGCCAUAAUAAUUUUUGUUUGUUUUAAUUACCAUAUCAAAAUAAGAUCAUUUUAUGCUUACUGGUAUAAUGACAAUAUUAGAAUUAUAGGAAAUAAUUGAAUAUAUAUUUUUUGUCUUCUGUAAAUAUCAUGGUGUCCCUUAGCGUAUGUAUACCACUCUCAUUGCUGGCAGUGAGACAGGCAUUCAUGAUCUUAAGAUUGACAUUUUUAAUGUAUAUAUUAGUUACAAGCACUUUAUAUAGCAGAAAAUUGUUUUUGAGAAUAAGCUAGUAUUGAUAUUUUAAUAUUUUUAGCUUACUGCUCGUGUUUUUGUUUUUGUCUUCAUUUAUAGAGGUGGGUUUCACUAUGUUGCCCAGUCUGGUCUCAAACUCCUGGGCUCAAGUGAUCCUGCCUCAGCCUCCCAAAGUACUGGGAUUACAGGCACGUGCCACUGUGCCUGGCCUACUGCUAUCUUUGAAAGUAAUAGAGACUAGCCAGCUGUGGUGGCUCAUGCCUAUAAUCCCAGCACUUUGGGAGGCUGAGGCAGGCAGAUUGCUUGAGCUCAGGAGUUCGAGACCAGCCUGGGCAACAUAGCAAGACCCCGUGUCUGUAAAAAGAAAGAAAGUAAUAGAGACUAAUUGAGCCUAAAAUGUUUCACUAUUUCAAAAAAGAUAUUAAAAUUGUUGCUCUUUCAUUCCAUAAAAAGAAUCUGAUCUCUCUUCUACUUUUCUGACCUGAGUUAGAGCUUCCCAACCCUGUCAUGUAUGAGUUUUAGCCUGUUUCUUUUAGGUCACUAAAACAACUCACCCAAUUUGUCAAAUAAUGGAUUUAUCAUAGCCAAUACAUGUUCUCAAGGCAAGUUUAAACAUUAUUUUGAAGCUAAUGAUACUUUUUUAAAAUAAAUAUUCACUGAUUUUUUUCACUGUAAAGCACGGGAGGGCUGCUUUAACAGCAGUGUAAGAAUCAGCCUGAAGCCUUGUUACUGCUGCAACAAAUGCAUUUUAGACUCCUCGGAUGUCUUCCACAGUAAUUUAUUUUUUUUAGCAAACCUGAUACUGAUAACUGUUUCUUUGCUUUGAUUUCUUGAUGAAUUAUUUUGGUAUGUUUGUUGCUUUUUAAAACAAACAUGGAUAAUGCACUCAGAGUACAUUUUUUGUAAAGAUUUUUGCAAUAGAAGAAAAGCUGAAGUUUUUGUGGGGAUGUGGAUUUUAUUGCUUACUACUUUUUUCCCUAUUUAAAACAUGAUCUUAGUCAACAAUUUUAUUUAUAAUUAUCAGCUAAAGAAACUACAUUUAGUAUAAUACUCAAAUGGGAAAAUCAGUAGUUUAUACCUUUAUAAAUACAAUGUAGUAAGCCAAGGAAUCAGGGAACUAAUCCUUUAAAAUAAUGUACUAAUGGUUAAUUAAGAUGUUUCAGGUGUUUUUUCUGAUUAAAUUUGUUAUUUGGAAGAGUUUUUAAAACUAUAUUAAAAUGUGACUUGCAUUACAAA